AUGGCGCCGGCGCGACGCCUCUCGGGGUCCUGGGUGCCUCGGCUGCUCCUCCUCCUCCUCCUGGCCGGGGCUCUGGCGCUGGGGCGCAGCGAGGCGCUGGGCGCGCUCAACCUGCACGAGCUCAGCGAGCUGAAGUACGGCAUUGAAAUCGGCGCCGAGCCCGUGAUGGCCGGGCAGGUAUGGCUGGCUGGGCCGAGCUGAGGCGAUGGUGGUGGGCAGGGAAGCGCCGGAGAGUCCAGCAGAAGCGGCAAAAGGAGCCUGGCGGCGCCUCGGGAAAGACCUGCGCUCCUGGUUGUUGUUGUCGUCGUCCUCGUCAUUACUGUGGCAGAAGGUUCCGCGGGCCCGCGGCCGCCGCCAUACGGCUCUCGCCCCUUCAUCAACUCGUGCCAGGCUUCUGAGGGGCCGCGAGGCGCUGCGCUGGCUCUGCUCGCAGCAAGAGGCUUCCCAGGGCGACCCCCCCCCCAUGAGAGCCGCCCCCGACCAGGUCCUGUUGGAUCUCUUGUUUGUUGAUGGGUUCAUUGUGGGGGGGUUUUUUUGCUGCUUUUUAUAAGUAUUGUACCCUCGCUUUGGGGGUUAUUUGCAAUGAAGAGCCAGGUUGUAUGAAUAAAUAAAACAAAUCUGUCUGCAAUAAACAACAGGUAGGGGUCCUCUGUCCCAUUAAAGUGUAGCAAGAUAUUAUUUUAAAUCAUUAUGUAUUCAGUUUAUAUACCACACUUUAUCCAAAGAUCCCUGGGUGGUGUACAACAUUAAUAACAUUUUUUAUGCAGAAUAAUAAAACAGUAUACACAGCAAAAUAAUAAAAAACCAUAGUAACGUCUCCCCCACAUUUAACAGGCCAUAGAUUUUUUAAUGGAUGAACACCUGGGUAAAAAGGAAUGUUUUUGACUGGUGCCUAAAGACAUGUAAUUAUGGUGGUAGGUGAGCUUCCCUUGGGAGACCAGGAUAGAGAAACUGUGGUCUUCCGAGAAAUUCUUGGACUACAGCUUCCAUCAUCCCUGACUAUUGGAUAUACUCGCUGGGAAUGAUGGGAGUUGGAAUCCUUCAGUGUCAGUCAGGCCACAGGUUUCUCCAUUCCUAUUUAGAGGAACAGUAUCUCACCCUUCAAGAAGUGGCCAAGGUAUGCCAUAAAGGGCAGGAAUAAUAUUCAUGUAAUAAACAUUUAAUUACUUCAGAAAAAUUGACCAUUUCACCAAUCAUGUAAUACAGGACUGAGAAGCCAACUUAGACAGUUACAGCAGCUCCCAAGAAAUCACCUUGGGCUAAUUACAAUCAUGUAACAACUAAAUUAAAUACUACAUACUUGUAGUCGUCUACUAUUUUAUUUUAUUUUAUUUAUUUUAUGUACACUUAACAUAAUGGUGUUCAAGAGGCUGAGUGCCUAUCCUGGCUAACCCAUGGAUAACUCAAAUUGAAAACUUUUUAAAAAAAUGUAAGGAGUGGCUGGACUUUGUGGCAUAGUGUAGCCAUGGCUGCUUCUGCUGAUCUGCUGCUCAUGGUGGAAGGUGUGGGCAACAGAGGCAGGGGGAAAUACCUCUUUGCUGUGUCAAGCCCCAGGCUGGUGCAGUGAACAGACACAGAUCAGGCCUAUUGCCAUCUUAUGACAGUAGCAGAAUUAGCACAGAAUCCAGCCAAUUUUGUGCCAGCCCAGUCCAAAGCACCAUAAUUUGGGGUUUCCUGCUGGCUACCACCAGUGGCAGCUUCUGUCUGCCAUUUUGGGGGGGCAUAUUGAGUGCUCCCUCCCUCUCCAUACAACAUGGUGGAUUGGGGUUUGGAUUACUCUGCCUAGUACAGUAGUUGUCAUAAAUAAAGGGGAGUUGAUUUUUAAAUGUAGUUCUGACUGUAGUUUAAAGGAGGUGAUGCACUUUCCCUAUGUGUCUGUAGCCCACCCCUCCCAAAAUGCAUGUAGGAUCUGUAAAAAGCUCACACACUUGCCUUGCCCUUUAGAUAGGACAUUCUUGGCUUCAUGGUAUAUUUGAUGAUGUUUGACUGUGGACACAUAAUAGCAGUGGGCACUCAAACCCUAAUCAUCCUGUUCAGGUUCCUUGACUGCUGCUCUGCUUUCUACAGCUGCUUGCACCCUUGCCCUUUUCAGGAACAGUGGCAUCAGUGUAUGUUUACUACUCUAGCAAGGCUUGCAUCAUCACACCUGAGUCUUGCAUCAUCUGUGUUGUAGUUGACCCUGAGGAAUUUGAAUUUGAAGACUUAUUUUAAGUGGCUUGAGUGCUAUUGUCCUUGAUCUCCUUUGUGGUUUUUACAGAGGACUGACUUAAACCUUGCAGAGCCAAAUGGCUCUUCUUUCUCUCUCCCUCUCCCUCUCUCUUCUUUCUUCUUUGUUUCCUGUCGUCUUAGGGAAGGGGAGGCAACAGACCCAUGGAGGGUCUGGUCUUUUUCAGGGUGGCAGAACUGAGCAGGACCUGAGUUUCUCAAAGUGUGAUGCAGAUGAUUUUCCUGAGAUAUAUUUAUAGGCAAUAUUUAUAGGACAGCAGUAGCCUUUGUUUUAAGGGAAACUUGCUGCUUCAGUUAAUAGGACAGGUCUUGGUAGAAAAUUUGUAGUCUUGAAGUGGCAGUACCCAGCUAUGGGCAUCUUCUGCCCUCACCUUCCCCUGCUUGGUGCCCUCCAGGGGCUUUGGACUACAGCACCCAUCAUCCCAUACCAUUGUCUUUGCAUGCUGUGGCUGAUGGGAGUUGUAAUCCAAAGCAUCUGGCAGGUACCAGGUUGGAGAAAGCUGCUCUGCACCAGUAUCUUAGUUAGUAAUCAAUUAUGUGUACAUCCUGAAAACUAUUUAUGCCGCUCAGGUGCACUCUUAAUUGCAUGUCUACUGUUCUGAAAGCAGUGCUUCCUGCAGCACCAAGAUGUCAGCUGCCCAACCGUGUCUCUGACUACUGGAGUUUGAAGCUUGCAACAUAAACAAUAGACUGUAAUUUACACAGUGUGUUCAUUCCACACCCUCUCAGUGAACAACCUCCCCUCUGUGAUUCUGCAGUAUUUGGAUUUUUGAUACUGAUGUCUCAUAUAGUUAAAAAAAAAAUCUGGCUAAUAUAUUCUGUUUUACAUAAGAAGUCAUUUUUCAUUAGCACAAGUGUGGGUGUACCUCCUUUUGCUUUAGUGGUGUUUUGACUCUUAUAAGAAUGUAUCUGUUGUAGAACUGCAUCCCUUCUCCAGAAGAAAAAGAGCCUUCCUAAUAGAAAGUAGCUGCUCCCUGAAGGCAUUGACAGCUUAACCAUCUGGUUUUCCUGUGUGUUGUUCCCUUGCAAGUGAUGGAGCUUGGGAUACUGCAAGGGCUGUAUCAUAAAAGGAAAUGCAACGUCUGGCACCAGAGUGACUUGCACCAGAGCCGUUCCAAGCAGUGGGGAGUGCUUAGCAUUAAAUGGUGCCUUCCAGGCUGGCAUAGAAUUGACUGAUUGAUUGAUUGAUUGUAUUUAUAUGCCGCUUUUCAUUCCACUGAAUGCCAAAGUGGCUUACACACAAUAAUUAACAACAUAAUAGAACAUAGUAGUAUCACAAGUACAGCAUAAAUCAUAUAAAAUAAAUAAAUAAUCAGUAAAACAAUUGCAGUCUAUAAAACACUAUUAACAAAGCAGCAACUAAAACAUAAACUAAAGCAUAAGUUGAACAUUACAGUUACAGCAAAAGUAAUAUUACAUGGGUAACAAAACAAUGCAUCUUGUAAAUAGCCACUUGCUAUGGCAAAUGGCAGUGCAGUCCUAUAUGCCAACUUUCCCCCAACCAAUGACCCCCAGAUGUUGUUGGACUCCAACUCCCAUCAACCACAGCCAGUAGGGCAGUGGAUGCAGCCCUCUGAUUCAAUGGGUCUUACCCCAGCCUUGUGUUUAAGCACUUGCCUGUGAGCUAUAGGUCAAAAGGAAUCCUACACUGGAGUGGCAGAAGAGGGACACAGCAUUUGGUCCCCCUGUGCCUUGCAUCAAAAUGUAGUGGGCUACAGGAGGAGGGGCAGAGCUCUGUCUCCUGCCAGCCUCUAACAGGCUUGCUCUUUCUUUUUGCAGGCUAGUAACUUUUCUGGGCUUAAUUUACAAGGCUGGCUUACACUCAAGUCGGUAUUCAUCAGACUGCAGCCUAAGGGACCCUUCCAGAUGGUCAGGCAGGGAAGUCUUAUAAAUCUGUUUUUGCUUUGUUUUUUACUUCAGGGGCAAUGGCAUAUGUGGGCUGAUAAGCUAGUAAAAUUAUUUGUGGACUAGUAAUUUUAGUUGGAUUCAUUUGCAGGAGUGUCUCCAUGUUGCUAAAGCCUGCACAGCUGCUUUUUAAGUUUCACUUCCAUGCAAGUUCAUUCUGAACUGGUCCUUGCCUUAUCAGUUCCAGAUUAAUUACCUGACACAGCCUUAGGUCCUAGCAACAGGAACCAUUAUGCUGUGCACCGGUAUUAUUUAUUUAUUUAUUUAUUUAUUUAUUUAUUUACAUUAAUAUUAAUAUACUGCCCUAUACCUGCAUGCCUCAGGGCAAUUCACAAAGUAAAAUCAGAAUAUAAAACCACAAAAUACAUAAUCAAAAUAAAAACUCAAUAACCCCACCACCACCAGAUUUUAAAAGGGUAUAGGAGGUCAAUCAAAUCAGCCAAAGGUCUGGUUAAAAAGGAACAUUUUUGCCUGGCACAUAACGGUGUAUAAUGAAGGUACCAGGUCAGCCUCCCUGGGGAAAGCAUUCCACAUACGAGGAGCCACUGCAGAAAAGGCCCAUUCUCAUGUUGCCACCCUCCAGACCUCUUGAGGAGACUCAUGAAGGAGAGCCUCAGAAGAUGAUCGCUCUUAGGCUAGGUUCAUAUGGAAAGAGGCGGUCAGUGAAGUAUUGUGGUCCUAAGCCGUUUGAAAACCUUAAACUGUGCUCAAUCUACUGGUGCUUCCUGAUGAAAAUAACAAUAAGGCUAAGUAAGCUACCCCAAAGACAUACUGUGUGCCAUGACAAAUCUUCCUUUGCAAUGUGCUUGGGGAAGUUUUGGUUUUUUGUUGUUGUUGUUUAGUUGUGUCCAACUCUCCGUGACCCCAUGGACCAGAGCACACCAGGCACUCCUGUCUUCCACUGCCUCCCGCAGUUUGGUCAGACUCAUGCUGGUAGCUGCAAGAACACUGUCUAACCAUCUUGUCCUCUGUCGUCCCCUUCUCCUUAUGCCCUCAAUCUUUCCCAACAUCAGGGUCUUUUUCAGGGAGUCUUCUCUUCUCAGGUGGCCACAGUAUUACUUGCCGUAUCUGUGGUGGUAGGUCUGGCUGGCAUCUCCUUACAACAAUGCAUUCUAGUGUGCUCUAAAAUUGUGCAGGGAUUCUGCAGCUAUUGAGUGGUGUCUUAAAAUGAAAUUCCAACAUCACAUUUUAACAUCCAUAUAAAUAAUAAUAAUAAUCAUCAUAUUCAUAAUAAUAAUUUAUUUAUACCCCACCCAUCUGGCUGGGUUUCCCCAGCCACUCUGGGCGGCUUCCAACAGAAUAUUAAAAUACAAUAAUCUAUUAAACAUUAAAAGCUUCCCUAAACAGGGCUACCUUCAGAUGUCUUCUAAAAGUCUGGUGGUAGUUUUUCUCUUUGACAUCUGGUGGGAGGGCGUUCCACAGGGCGGGUGCCACUACCGAGAAGGCCCUCUGCUUGGUUCCCUGUAACUUGGCUUCUUGCAGGAAGAGAAGUGCCAGAAGGCCCUCAGCACUGGACCUCAGUGUCCAGACAGAACGUUGGGGGUGAAGAGGCUUCUUCAGGUAUACUGGACCAAGGCCAGUCACCAGUCUAGCUGCCGCAUUCUGGAUUAGUUGUAGUUUCCGGGUCACCUUCAAAGGUAGCCCCACAUAGAGCGCAUUGCAGAAGUCCAAGUGAAAGAUAACUAGAGCAUGCACCACUCUGGCGAGACAGUCCGCGGGCAGGUAGGGUCUCAGCCUGCGUACCAGAUGGAGCUGAUAAACAGCUGCCCUGGACACAGAAUUGACUUGCGCCUCCAUGGACAGCUGUGAGUCCAGAAUGACUCCCAGGCUGCGCACCUGGUCCUUCAGGGGCACAGUUACCCCAUUCAGGACCAGGGAGUCCUCCACACCCACCCGCCUCCUGUCCCCCAAAAACAGUACUUCUGUCUUGUCAGGAUUCAACCUCAAUUUGUUAGCCUCCAACCACCUCCAGACACUCACACAGGACCUUCACCGCCUUCACUGGUUCCGAUUUGAAAGGGAGGUAGAGCUGGGUGUCAUCCGCAUACUGAUGAACAUCCAGCGCAAAGCCCCUGAUGAUCUCUCCCAGCAGCUGCAUGUAGAUGUUGAAAAGCAUGGGGGAGAGGACAGAACCCUGAGGUGCCCCACAAGUGAGAGCCCAGGGGUCUGAACACUCAUCCCCCACACCACUUUCUGAACAUGGCCCAGGAGGAAAGAGUGGAACCACUGUAUAACAGUGCCCCCAGCUCCCAGCCCCUCUAGACGGUCCAGAAGGAUGUUAUGGUCAAUGGUGUCAAAAGCCGCUGAGAGAUCCAGCAGAACUAGGAAACAGCUCUCAUCUUUGUCCCUAGCCCACUGGAGAUCAUCGACCAGUGCAACCAAGGCAGUUUCAGUCCCAUGAUGAGGCCUGAAUCUCGACUGGAAGGGAUCCAAAUGGUCCGCUUUUUCCAGGCAUGUCUGGAGUUGUUCAGCAACCACUCGCUCAGUCACCUUGCCCAAUAAUGGAAUAUUUUAGUCUGGGCGAUAGUUGGACAUAUUGGCCGCAUCUGAAGAUGGUUUUCUAAGAAGCGGUUUGAUAACCGCCUCUUUCAGCGGGUCUGGGAAGGCUCCCUCACAGAGAGAAACAUUCACCACCCCGCGAAGCCCAUUGCCCAGCCAUUCCCGGCUAGCUUUUAUAAGCCAGGAUGGGCAAGAAUCAAGGAGACAGGUGGUUGGUUUCACUCGUCCAAGCAGCCUGUCCACAUCCUCAGAGGUAACAGAUUAGAAUUGAACCCAUGCAACUUUACUAGUCAGGCCUCUAGCACUCUGUCAUUUUGAAAUAUGUCAUUUUGAAAUCCAUCAUAGAGUGAGCUUGAUUUCAGUGGCACAUUGAGAGGCUACUUUUCCAGCUUUUUUGUAGAUGUAGAUUGCUGCCACAGCACAAGAACUGUCCAACAAAGCAAUCCUAUACAUUUCUGCUCAGAAAUAUGCCCAACUGAGUUCAGCUGGACUUGCCCCCGGAUACGUAGGAUAGGACUGCAACCUAAAGAUAAAGGUACCCCUGAGCGUUAGGUCCAGUCGCGGACGACACUGCGCGCUCAUCUCCCUCUGUAGGCCGAGGGAGCCGGCAUUUGUCCGCGGACAGCUUCUGGGUCCUGUGGCCAGCUUCUGAGCAGCGCACGGAAAUGUUGUUUACCUUCGCACUGGAGCGGUACCUAUUUAUCUACUUUCACUUUGAUGUGCUUUUGAACUGCUAGGUGGGCAGGAGCUGGGACUGAUCAACAGAAGCUCACCCUGUUGUGGGGAUUCGAACCACCGACCUUCUGAUUGGCAAGCCCUAGGCUUAGUGGUUUAGACCACAGCGUCACCUGCAGCCUAAGAGAGCUCUAAAUCACAACAAAUAUGUGGGCGGUUUGAGGUGCUGGUUUAUAUUGGGGAGUAAAAGAGCAAUAUUGAAUGGACCAUGUUGAUACAUCACAGUAAUCAAUAGUUACUGUGAACAUGGAGUUAGCUCCCACUUUGUUCCUUUAGUAUCUGGUGCAACAAAUCAUGAUCCUUGAUUUAGGCCACAUUCACCAUACAUUUAAAGUGCUAUGCUGCCACUUUAAACAUUCACAGCUUCCCCCAAAGAAUUGCAGUUGCUGUAGUUUGUUAAGGGUGUUGAGAGUUGUUAGGAGACCCCCAUUCCCCUCAUAAGACCUACAAUUCCCAGAGUUCCCUGUGAAGAGCGAUUGAUUGCUAAACCACUCUGAAAACUGUGGCUCUGCAAAGGAAAAACGAGUGUGGUACUCACCACUGUGAGCAUCAUUUAAUUCAUCCCAAAACUGAGCUCAGCUUUUGGAAAAUACAUUUUGGUCUGGAUCCGUCAGAAAUGCCCAGAAACACAAAUGUAGUAACAGUGCUCUUCCAGUUAGGAACAAGUUACCCCUGUUAUACUGCACUGCUGUUCUUUGUGGCUGAUGCUUUUCUGCCCCUAUGUGACUGCAAAAACAGAGCCUGACUCUCCAUCAGUUUUCAAAAGGGAGUGAUUUGUAUGAGUGAGAGGGUUUUGACUUUCUGCCAAGUUGUUUGUCAGGCAAAAAAAGAGGAGCCCCUUUCUGUCAACAGUCUAAAUCUGGCUUGUACUUUGUACAUCUGCGAAUGUUCUGGAGGGCUUGGUUGCAGUUGGCUGGCCAGUUGGAGCUGAGCUCACGGUGACCUUGCCUUGGUGCCGCCCUUUGUAGUGUAAUCAUUGCUGAUUGUAUGUUUGACUGUUGAGGGACACACUGGUGAAUAAUUGUUUGCUAAUAUGAAUACAGUGGUACCUCAGGUUACAGAUGCUUCAGGUUACAGACUUCACUAACCCAGAAAUAGUACCUUGGGUUAAGAACUUUGCUUCAGGAUGAAAACAGAAAUCGUGCUUUGGUGGCGCGGCGGCAGCAGGAGGCCCCAUUAGCUAAAGUGGUGCUUCAGGUUAAGAACAGUUUCAGGUUAAGAACGGACCUCCGGAACAAAUUAAGUUCUUAACGCGAGGUACCACUGUACGUGCUGUUAUUGCUAUGUAAAUGUGUAUUACUCAGAUCAUAUUUACAUUUGAGAGGAACAUAAAGGUCUUCCAUACACACAAGGUCUUCAAUACAAGGUGUCUGGAACGUCUUCCAUACACAGAAACUACUGGUCCUUGUGUGAACAACUGUGCUGUUGUCACAUCGGGGUGGGCAUGAGUAGAAGGUACUUGUGGGUGGUGUUAGAGCAUCUGCUGGGCCCAAUGAAGCCUGUGGGCAAGAGUUUUCCUCACCCCCCUGGCUAGAGCGGCUGUGUUGUAUUAAUUAUUGAGUGUUGGACUAGGUCCCAGGAGGCCAGGGUUCAAAUCCGCACUCAGCCAUGAAGCUCACUGGGUUACUUUGGGCAAGUCAGUGCCUCUUAGCUUUAACCUACCUCACAGGGUUGUUGGAAGGAUAAAAAGGAAGGAGGAAAGGUGGGAUAUAGUUGUAGUAGAGGCUUCAGUAGUAAUAUAAAGAUCAGCAGGAAACUUUAGGCAAUGCCUAGCAUAAUUCCUGAAGCUGGGAAGGGGCCAAGCAGUUGAUAGCGGGUUCAUUGCCCUAUAUACUCCCUUGAUCCUCCCUGUAACUUAGAUGUAAGGUAAAGGUAAAGGGACCCCUGACCAUUAGGUCCAGUCGUGGCCGACUCUGGGGUUGCGGCGCUCAUCUCGCUUUAUUGGCCGAGGAAGCCAGCGUACAGCUUCUGGGUCAUGUGGCCAGCAUGACUAAGCCGCUUCUGGUGAACCAGAGCAGCGCACGGAAACGCCGUUUACCUUCCCGCCGGAGUGGUACCUAUUUAUCUACUUGCACUUUGACGUGCUUUCGAACUGCUAGGUUGGCAGGAGCAGGGACUGAGCAACAGGAUCUCACCCCGUCACAAGGAUUUGAACCGCCAACCUUCUGAUCGGCAAGUCCUAGGCUCUGUGGUUUAACCCACAGUGCCACCCGCAUCCCUUAACUUACAUGUACAUAGAUGCAAAUUGCUUGACUUGCAUAUAAUAUAGUGGGCAGAAUUUGGGUUACCUUGAGGGGGGGUGCGUGUAUUAUGUAUAUAUAAAUGUGGAGUAUAUACAGCGCUCUGCCUAGAGUGACUGGACUGGUGGUGAAACGGGUUACAGGCUCAAUUCUGCGCAGGUUUAUUUGAAAGCAAGACAGCUGCAUUUGUAAAUAUACCCAAGCAAGAUAUCUUGGUACCAGGAAUAAGGGAAGACCAAAUGGAACUUUUCCCCUGUGGUGAUAUUAUCAAUAUAAUAAUCAGUAGUCUGCAAGGUUGGGUUUAGUAGCCAGCCAAAAUGUGUGCUUCCUACUGGCUCUGACUCUCCCCUAAGAGGGAAGAUGUUACAUCACAGCAAAGUCUGACUUUUGCCUUUUUCCCUAAAAAUAAAUUGCUAAAUAAAAAACUCUUUCAUGCUUAAGCCAUUGUCCCGUGUGGUGUUUCCAGUGGCUGGAAGCCUUGUUGACUAAGAUAGCAGGCUCACAUGGUGGAUCCAAAGAACCACUUUAAAGUGUCUGGAGACUGGUUCUCCAUAAGGCAAACCUUAGUCCUGUUCUUGCUGUUUGUAUCUCCUGGGCUCCUGCUUCCCUUGUCCUUUUGGAGAAGUCAGGCUGCUGCCUGCCGCUAAUUUAUCUCUUCUCACCCAGCUCCUUUGCUUAUAUCUUCCCAGAGCAAGUCAUCUGAUGUGGUGAGUAUCUCAUCCAAAUACAAGCAGAUGUAUGAGUGCCGGCUACCUGCUGCCGCAGUGAAGAUCCACCAGGAAAAAGAGGAACACCCACGGAGUUACAGUGGACUUGGAAUCUCAGAACUGCUGAAGCCCAUGGAAGUGGCUCCUUGCCUUACCAAGGUAACUUUGGGCUAAGAGUUGGGAUUAAAUGUUGGGAGACCAGAUGCAAGAAGAGAAGCAGGGAAGCCACCCCUGGGCUCUCUGUUAACGAACUGCAAGUGAAGUCUGUUCCCCCUGUCCCUGGGGAAAUUUGCAAGGAUGAUUACCCUCAAUCAUCCUUGUUUUUCCUUUGUCAACAAUCUCUUGCUGUCAUGGGGACUGCCUCCUUUAAGGAACCGAAGCCGGUACUCAGCUAAAAUGCUAACUUGAAUCUUGCAGCCUUAUUAAAACUCCAUUGAGAUUCUUCUUCUCUUUCUCCCCCUCCCCCCUCUCCACUCCUGAGUCCUUGAGCAUUGCCCACUUUUAUAACCAAAACUUCAGUGAAACUCAACGCUUCCAUGUCCACUCCACUCAUUUGUAUGAUUAGUCAUUGCCUAAUUUGGGUGUAAUAGUUCAAGAGAAUUACAAUGCAAUGGGGCUCUUAUAACAAGAUUUUUUGCUUCAGCCAAAUCACCUAGGCUUUAACUUCUCCCUUUUCUCUCAGACCAAGGACUGGUGGACGUACGAGUUCUGCUACGGGAAGCACAUCCAGCAAUACCACAUGGAAGGUACUCUCUUCUCUUUUGUUGGUUUCUCCCAUCAAAGUAGGUAUUUGUAGCCUCUGACCCGCCAGACCCUCCUAUCCAGCCUUCUGCAAGCCCCACACCCCCCAGACCAUGUUUGCUCGCUUUACCCAACCGGGCUGGGUUUUUUUCAUCUCCACUGUAAUGGAAGGUUUAAACCUCCCCACCCCGGAUGCCACAACAGUGAAGAGUAUAUGAUUCAGUCAGAACAGAAGUGGGCUGGUGGUGGCAAAGACAGGUCUGGGAGUCAUGCUUGCCUGCUUCUCAACCGCAAUAUGCAUUGGCACAAUUUCCUUUGGUGGAGCAGGAGGGUUGCUGCAAUAACCCACUGUUCCAGAGGGCCCAGUCUCAGAAAUGGCUUCUGGGAGGUGAAAUGGAGUUGUGGUAGAAAAGAAAGCCAAGGAAGUCUUAUUAUUCAAAAGAGUUCCACUCAACUUUCUCUGGAUACAAUGCUCAUUUUUCCCCUUUUAAUAUUAGUCAACCUGACAGGUCUUUGGCAUGAAAGGUGGAGUAGAAAUAAAUAAUCAGUGAACAGUUAAGCCAGGGAUGGGGAGCCUUUGGCUCUUCAGGUGCCUCUGGACCACAACUCCCAUGACUGCUGACCAGGGCUGGUGGGAGUUGGACUCCAGCAGUAUCUGAGAGCCUCUGCUGCUCCAUCACUUGUCACUUGCUUGCUGCAAAGUGCCUCCCACUUUGCUGAUCUGCAGUGGAAAAGGAGCAACCACAGUCCCCAGAAUUGUGUCGUGAGUGUAGUGCCACCCUUUUAAUAAACCUUAACCUUAGGUCUGUAUACAUGGUUAAUUCUUACAGUAGUCUUAUAACGAGAGGUCCAUAGUCUCCCCAUAUUGUAGAGUUUGGCCAGGGUGGGGGUCUUCCAACACUGUCAAAGGCUGAUGACUGAAGCAGUUCAUGUCAGCAAACCAGGAAUGGCUGUCCAGCUACUUUGAACUGAUAGGUGCAUGGCUGUGUUCUCAAAAGGAAGUGGGGGUUCUCCAGUCUGGUGUGCUCUCCCUUUUUGCAUCAAUAUGCAGAUUUGAAACUUUACUUCGUACUAAUCCCUUCUGUUUCUUAGCUGGGAUAGCCCCUAAUCUAUAAUCACAGAUUUUAUGCAAACGAAACAUAUGUGUCAGGAAACUAGUGGCGUGAUUAGCUCAGACCAGAAUAUUUAACAUUUUGUUUUUAGUGAAAGGGUGUCUUUUGUGUGUGGUCGUCAGUGUAGCCAGAUUCACAGCUUGAAUUUACACUGUGGCGGCACAACUGAAGCAGGUCUUUUCUCAGCCUCUGGUUCAUGCUAAGAUGUUGUUAUCAUCAUCAUCAUCAUCAUCAUCAUCAUCAUCAUCACUCUCUCCUGAGGUCCAAGCUUCCAGUUAACAAAGUGACACUUUUCAUCUUUCCCUGUGUCUUCCCCCACCCCCAGAGUCUGAAAUCAAAGGUGACAUUCUGUACCUGGGGUACUACCAGUCCGCAUUCGACUGGGACAACGAAACUGCCAAGGUGGGUGUUCCCUAGGCCCUUGAUCACUUCAUGCAAUGGAGAAAAAGUUGAGUGAGCAUCCCUAAGGCUUAGGUAGCUCUCCAACCUCCUAACUGCUGAACAUAAAUCACAUCUGAUGUUUCACUUGCUUUCCUUAAUAGACCUUUCCUCCCCCUUCCCCCAGCCUGAAGCUCUUAGAUUUGGUGUACCUUGAGAUAAAACACUCUUGACAUCAGUAGAGGGGAAUGGCAAUGAAAACUCCCUAUUUGUAAGUCACUUUGGGUCACUUCAGGCACAAGCAAAAGCAUAUCUCUUUAACCAGGCCUUUGGUUGUUAACUUUUUGUUUUUGCCUUUUAGAAGAGGUGGGGAAGUUUUUAAUGUAUCUUUUUCCCCUUGGUUUUAAUGCAUGUAUGUGCAGUGGGUUUAUUUUGCUUGUAGGUUGCUUUGUGCUGGCUGGGGCUGAUAGUGUGCUGGAGUCCAGGAAUCUCCGGAAGGGCUCCAGUUUGGGGAAGGCUUCUCCAAUGGAAAAUAGGGACAGAUGCCACUGCUGCCGCUACCACCUUGAAACUAUUCAGGGAUGAUUGUGGCAACCAUGCUGCCAGUGAGGGAGGCGGGGAGGCAGGGGGAAGAAAAGGAACGGAUGCAGGGAAAGUAGAGAAGAGGUCUGGAGGUCCCUCCUUGCUAUGCACAAGGAGUUUAAAAAAGCAGAGUAAGGCAGUUCUUGGAGUCAUAUUCCAAAGCAAAUUAAGCCCCUGCUUCAGGAGCCUUCCUGUCCCAUGAUAAGGGAUGAUGAGAGUUGCAGUACAACAAUAUUUGGAGAGCACCAGCUUGGGGGAGGGUAUGCUAAGGACAGUCUGCAGCUGUCCCUGAAUCUAGGCCCAGCUCAAAGCAGAUUACCUUCAGCUUCUGCUCAAUAGGGGCUUGCAGCAAUGAAACAUCCCCCCCAAAAGGCCUUGAGUGUUUUCUGGUUCUCUCUCCCCGCAUCACAGGCUUCCAAGCAGCACAAGCUGAAGCGUUACCACAGCCAGACCUAUGUCAACGGAUCCAAGUGCAACUUGAACGGGAAGCCCCGGGAGGCUGAAGUCAGGGUAAGGAAAGGAACUUGGUUGCACUGUGCGGAAGUUUCCUGAGUCAGCAGCUGAGAGGAAAGGAAGUAUGGCUCUCUUGUCCUUUAGAACCCUUCAUGCACAAGUGAAAGUCUCCAUUCAGGUAGCCAGAGCUGUGUGAUGGGCAGGAACAGACAAUUUCCAUGUAUCCCACCAGAUGCUGCUAGACUACAGCUGCCAUAAUUCCUGGCCAUUGACAAUGCUGGCUGGGGCUGAUGAGAGUUGGAGGGCCACAGAGUCCCUGGUCUAUAUUUGACUUGAGAGAUGCUGAGCUGAGAGUUGGAAGUUGGACCUAGGAAUGCUUGGAAUAUGGGUUCUCCUCCUGUGUUUCAUGCAGAGGAGAGAGCUAUAAAGAGCUUCCUGCUUGUGUGGUCAUGCAUGUUAGUUUGUUCCCCAUUUUUCCUCUUGCAAAUGCCUGAUCAUUGGCUGCCAAGCCACCUUUUAAGGUGUUGUUGUUAACAUAUAAAACUCUGACCAAUUCAGGGCCAGGGUUUUUCUGACAUGUAUAGAAAACUCACCUGCUUGCUCAGGCUUUCCCUGACAAUUAGCACUGGAUCCUUCUGCCCUACACCAUAGGUGAUAAUCCACAAUGUACUUUUUUAUUGGAAUAAUUUUAUUGCAUGUUUUCUUUCUAUCUUGGUAAACUGCUUUGAGAUUUAUUUGUAAUCAUAAGAGGUAUCAAAUAUAUAUAUAAUCAAUAAAUAAAGAUUAGGCUUUUAUGUAGCCACCAAGGAAGUGUUAGGAAGUGCACAUUGUGAAAUAGAAGGAAAGGGAGGGACAUUGUCUCAUAAAUUUACCCUGCUGCUGUUUGAACUUGGGCUGACCCUUCAACCCAGGGAUGUGGGACCUGUGCUGCUACAGAUCUUGCUAGAUGCAACUCCCAUCACUCCUGACCAUUGGCUAUGCUAACUGCAGCUGAUGGGAGUCCAACCACAUCUGGAGGGACUCGGGAGUCCCCAUGCUCUCUUUAACCAAUGUGACCUUCCCCCUUUGUCCUGGAAGAGAGACCUGGAUUCCAUGUAUGCGCCUUUCAAAACGAGAUUAGCCUCUCUUCUGUCCCCACUCCCGGCAACUCAUGGAAAGCAAUCUUGGGGGUAAGGGCCCUAGCUCGGUGGGUGGAGCAUGUGCAGUGGGUGCAGGACUCCCAGGCAAAAUCUUGGUCAUAUCCAUCUUUAAAGGCUCUCCAGGAGCAGGGCAAGGAAAGUUUGGUGCCUGAGGUCUUGCAGAGCUGCUGGUUGCCAGAGGAAUAGAACACAAAGUGCUAGGCUAGAUGGACCCUAUGAUCUGAGUCAGUAUAAAACAGCUUUCUAUAUUUUUCUAUAUCUAAAUCGCAGUUUCUGUGUGAGGAAGGUUCAGGUGACUACAUUGCCCGUGUGGACGAGCCCCAGUCCUGCUCCUACGUGCUGACCAUCCACACCACCCGCAUCUGCCACCACCCAUUUCUGCGGCCACCGUCCACUGCAACCCCUCAGACCAUCCGCUGUCACCCAGCCCUGAGCCCUGCAGAAUAUGUGGAAUAUGUCAAGGCCCAAGUGUGUAAGUAGUACAACUGGUCAGGGAGGAGGUGGAGGCCCCUUCGGUGCCCUCUUGGCCAGGGCUAUUCGCUUUGAUCUGGUGGCAUUUUUAGAACUUAGCCCUUGCAAGGCAGGAUACAGCAGUGUGACAGAAGUAUCUUAAGUGCAUUUGAAGCGUAAGCCCCUCCUUUCAGGGAGAUUGAAUGGUGUGUAAAGUACGGCCUCAAAGCAGAAACAGAAUAAAGAGUUGGUGGUAAGGGAUGCCCUUUCCUCAUCUGCCUUCUCUGUUGCUGAGAGAAUAGGCAUGGGGGAACAGUGUGGUGUAGUGAAGACUGUGCUGGCAUGGAUUCAAAUUCCACUUAGCCUGAAAAGCGCUAGAUGACUUUAUCUCAUUUUGUAUUUUGAACACUACACCUCCCAACACAAAACAAAGUAUGCAGGUAUUUUCACCUGUGUAAUGUGGGCACUUGGUGGCAGAAUGCCAGAUUUCUUGGCACAGGAUUUCAGGAUUCCUAUUUCUGGUGCCCACUUUGCCCUCCGAAUGCCAGAAGAGCCGCAUAGCACAGGGAGAGCAAACUGGGUAGUAUCUGAGUGCUGACUGCCAAGGAAUCCUGUUUGCUUGGGGGAAUAUUGUCUUGUUGCAUUGGAUGCUGUGAUGAUGACCUGUUUCUUACCUGGACAUACUGGGGGGCGUGUUUGCCCAUCUAAUGUAUAUUGUGUAAAUAGAUAGACUGAAAUUGCAGAGUUUUGAGAAACUAAAAAACAAAGUGCGAGAUUGGCUUCAUUAUUAUCAGAUAAUGGAGGCAUAUAAUUCGGAUAAGAAAAUUGGCUUCCAGGUGGAAAAAUCAAAAUUAGAAACAGAACUGUUAGAACCCAAAACUAAGAUUUUGUCAAAGAUGUAUAACUUGCUGUUGAAAUGGAAUACUCAGGAUGAAACGGUGAAAUCUGCUAUGAUUAAAUGGGCACAAGACGUUGGACAUAAUAUAAUGAUGGCUGACUGGGAACAGUUAUGGACCACAGGUAUGAAGUUUACGGCAUGUAAUGCCUUAAGAGAGAAUAUUAUGAAAAUGGUAUACAGGUGGUACAUGACCCCAGUCAAGCUUGCAAAAAUCUAUCAUUUGCCCGAUAAUAAAUGUUGGAAAUGUAAAGAAACUGAAGGUACAUUCUUUCACCUUUGGUGGACGUGCCCAAGGAUUAAGGCUUUCUGGGAGAUGAUCUAUAAUGAAUUGAAAAAAGUAUUUAAAUAUACUUUCUUGAAGAAACCAGAGGCCUUUCUCCUGGGCAUAGUCGGCCAAUUGGUGCCAAAGAAGGAUAGAACUUUUUUCAUGUAUGCCACAACAGCAGCAAGAAUACUCAUUGCAAAGUAUUGGAAGACACAAGAUUUACCCACUCUGGAAGAAUGGCAGAUGAAGGUGAUUGACUAUAUGGAACUGGCGGAAAUGACUGGCAGAAUCCGAGACCAGGGAGAAGAGUCGGUGGAAGAAGAUUGGAAGAAAUUUAAAGACUAUUUACAGAAAUAUUGUAAAAUUAAUGAAUGUUAGAAUGAUGUUGGAUAGAAAUUAAGUGGUUUUUAGCUGCAAUAUUAUAAGGGAAUAUGAAAAAUGGAUUAUUAAUAGGUAAAAAUUUAAUGUUACAAUAUUUUAAGAUCAAAGAUUAGGAUAAACAAAGUGGGGAAGGAUUUGCUGAACCAACAAACUGAAUUGGAAUACAAAAAAGGGAGGCGUGAGGAGGUCCGGGAAAUAAGCUAAUGAAAAAUAAGUAAUGGAAAGAUUGUGUUGUUUUUAAUUAUUUUUAUUUUUAUUUUGUAUUUUUCUUAUUUUUAUUUUUAUUUUGUAAUAUUUUGAAAAUCUUAAUAAAUAUCUUAUAAAAAAAAUGUAUAUUGUGUAAAUUUUUGCAGCUGACACAAAGCGCAAAGUGGAGGAGAUCUCUGAAGAGCUGAAGACUCUAGACACACGACUGUGGAAUGAGCAAGACCCAAACUCUGCCAUUCAGGAUUCAGAUGGCAAUGGUAGGGAACUACCUGGUAAGACAGUCCUGCAAGGAUGUUACUGAAAUCUAGCCGUGGGGUGGGGUGAUCACAUGGAGCUUGAGGCAAGUCACCAUUUUAAAAAGUCAGUAAAUACAGUGGACCAUCCGGAUACAAACUUAAUUCAUUCCAGAGGUCCAUAUGUACCCUGAAAAGUCCAGAUCUAGAGGCGCUGAUUUUGUGCAUGUGUGCGACGCAAUAGAGCGCUUUGCAUGUGUGAAGUGCGCAGAGCGCAUGUGUGCAUGGUGAAAACCGGAAGUAUACACUUCUGGGUUUUGCCACGUUCACAACCCGAAAGUUACGUUACCCAAAGGUAAUGUAACCCGAGGGUCCACUGUAUGGCCUUCAGUGCUAAAAAACAUAUUGGUCCUCUGAUUUUUGUGUUGGGAUAAUGUGCAAGGACCCUUACACAAUGUGCCUUCAUCCUUAGGGGCACUGCAGUUUCAGAUGUCUAUUGGUGCAAUUCUGUCAGAUGGGCAAGCUAUCGGCAAAGAAGGCAUUGAACCUGCGUUUGUUCUCUUGUGACAACCGCAGUGCCCUACAAGAGGCAGAAAUGCAUAUUUUUCUUGCAUUAGAGAGUUGUGCUCUCAGUGUACAACUUAGGACUUGGUUUGCUUCAGUGUUCAGGAAUUGUAAUGAUCUGAUAUUGUACAAAAUUUUACAUAAAAGGUUUCCAGUUACACAAGCUUAGAAAUCAUUUUAGAAAAGUAAAUAUAUAAGCAGAUUGUCUUAAACAUUUUGUUCAUCAUUGUAAAACAAAAUAUAUUAUAGUCCAUUUUUUCAUUAGUGGGGGGUAAGGUUCGGGGUGAAACAGGACCUUCACCUCUAGGGGGCAGUACCUGCUCUUGCAGUUUUGGAAGCUAGAAACCUGUAAAAAGGAACUGCCGUUCUCAAUGUGCUGAAUUCUGCUUUUGUGUGGUGCAGAGUAUUCUCUAUCCUGAGUGUAAUUGUAGAAAUGCUCUUGGUAAGCCCAAAUGACUUUGCUCCCACUUAAAAACUUUGUUUUGCCUGUUUGGUCAGUGACCCCAGAGCCUGUUCCAACUGCUUCUCCUCCUGAAAGUGACCCAGGUGAUGACUCUGAUUUCUGGGAGAGAGCGCUGCGGGGAGAUGAGAAGACAGCCCAGAUGCCAGACCAAACAAAGGUAACCUCCUGUCAUCACACCUGAUCAUAACCAGUAUCUGUCCAAAUACUUUUAACGUGUGUGUGUGUGUGUGUGUGUGUGUGUGUAUUCUUACCCGCAAAGCUGGUAUAUUUUCCUUUUUCUUGAUUCUGACACCACCAGUGCGGGAGUUCUUUGUUUUUUAUUUAGGCAUGUUGCUGAGGCACUUAUAAGUAUCCCCUAAAUUAUAAGAUUUGACUUAUCAGUGAAUUAUUUUAUUUUAUAGAUUUAUAUCCUAACUUCAGCAACAUAUCAGUCAUAACAGGGAGACAAUAAAAUUCAAGUAAUGAAAAAGAAACUCCGCUAAUUGUCUUAAGCCUGCAUAAACACAACUAACUGUAAGAGGCCUUUCUGGCUAAAAACAUCUUCAAAGUGCGUUUAAAAGCACACACAGGAAUUACCUUGUGCAUAGGAUAAUUAUGGGAGGGGUGGAGCAUCUGCUUUGCACGCAGGUUCAGUCCCCGACAUAUCCAGAUAAGGUUGGGAGAGGCACCUUUCUCGAACCCUCGAAAGCCCCUGUCAGUCAGUCAAACAGCCAGACACUGGUCUGACACUGUCAAAGGCAGAUUCCUAUGUUCUUGUAAGUUGCCUCACCACUGCCAAUGUCUUAGUGUUGCAUCCAAGCACAGCCAUAUGUUCCAUAUCUACUAAAUCAGGGGUGGGGAACCUCCAGGCCAUCAGAUCUCCACAUCUGGCCCACAAGCUCACUUCAGCCAAGCCAUGUCCACUGCCCUACACCUCACGUGACACAUCUCCAACAAAGCUUUGCAAGGGACAUCACAAGACCCAACCAAUUAGCUGCUUGUCACCUGCGGGCAAAAAGAUCAGCUAGUGUCCUUUUAACACCAGGUGAUUGGCCUGUCAAAACUGUCCUAUGCAAGAUGGGGGAGCUAGUGAUCUGGCCCACUGGGCAGAUACAGUCCCCCCACUGCAGUAUUAGAUAGAUGCAUCUGUUCGUUUUUGGCUCAUGCACCAUUGAUGUUGGUGUUGUUAUAUGUUUAUUAUAUUGUUAUAUUUAUUUUGUUGUUGUUGUUAUAUUUUUAUUAUAUUAUUUAUUUUGUUGUUACAUUUUUAUGUUAUGAACUAGCCUGAGAUCUGCGGGUGAAAAAUAUUUAUAAAAUUUGUGCACCACCCUUCAUUCAAAUAUCCCACAGCAGUUCACAACAUAAAAAUACUGAUGGCACCAUGCCAUCAAAACGAGGGGGAAAAUACAUAAUAAAUCAAAAACAAACCAAUAACCCCUCCUCCCACAAACACAUUUAAAAAGCCAUAGAAUGUUAAUCAGCCAAACCCUGGUUGAAGAGAAACAAUUUCUCUUGGUGCGUAAAGAUAUGCCAUGAAGGCGCCAGGUGAGCCUCCUGGGGAACCACUGCAGGAAAGGCCUCUUCUCAUGUUGCCACCCUCCGGGCCUCUCAUGCACAAGGCACACAAAGAAGGACCUCAAGUGAUGAAUGCAGGGUCCGGGUAAUAAUGAAUUCCUUUGGCGAAACAAGUAGCUGAACUCAACCGUCUGUAUCAUGCAGAAAUAAUUCCCUCGCAACCCUACAACAGUGGCUUCUAUGCAUAGCACCCAAAGCCAUUUAACUUCUGUCUUUUUUCUGCAGGAGGAAGAGCCAAUCAUGAAGACAGCAGACAGUCACCUAGCAGGUAAGUGUGUGGCCCAUAAGUGCUGUGGCUCAAGAAAACAAUCCUCUUAGGACUGUCAGAAAAGAUGCUUGAGGAACGUUCACCUGAACCAAAGAAUUCAGAACUUUCUGAACCCUCCUUCUCCUAUUCUUUCAAGAAGACUGGUUAACAGUCAGACAUUUUUUUAAUGGCCUGUAUCUUUGGAAACUGCUGGUUCCUCCCCCCUUUGGCAUCCUUUCCUCUUUUUAACAUUGUUUAGUGUUCAGAAAGAGAGCAAUGGCACUGCUUAUCUAGAUCCACUUCUGCCUGGAUUUUGGUCUGGUUUGGGGAUUGACUCAGCCUUGGUUACUUUAAUGGAUGACUGUUACAGAGAGAGGGGCAGGGAGUGUGACCCUGUUGUUCUUACUCAGUCUCUCAGCAACUUUUGAAAACAUUGAUCAGCUUCCUGGGAUGGAGAUUGGAGGCACUGCACUAGAGUGGUUUCAUGCCAACCUGCACAGUUGAGUCUAAAAAGUAACAUGGGAGGAGUGCAAUUGGACUCCCUGGCCCUUAGGCUACAGGUUUCUGCAGGACAAAGCUUUGGAGCACGGUGCCAUCUGUAUGCUGAUGACAUGCGGCUCUGUUCUCCAUCUGAAUCAGAGGUUGUGAAAGCCCUGGAACAGAGCCUCAAGGCAGUGGUGGACUGGACAAGGGCCAAUAAACUUGAGUUUGAAUUCAGCGAAGAUGGAGGCUUUGUGGGUGGGCGGUUCCUGUAUCCAGAAGAUAGGCCAGUUGCCCAUUCUGGGAAGGGUUGCACUCCCUCUCAAGGAGCAGGUACGUAGCUUAGGCAUACUCCUGGAUAUGUCCAUCAUUCGAGACCCAAGUGACCUCUGUGGCUAGGAGUGCCAUUUGUCAGCCAUGGCCAUAACUGGAUUAGGACCCAUUGGCCACUGUAGUCCAUGCAUUGUUACCCUCAAGACUGGAUUACUACAAUUCACUUUAUGUGGGGCUGCCCUCGGACCUGGUCAGGAAGCUCUGGCUGAUGCAGAAUGCAGCGACCAAACUGCACAUGGGGGCAAACAGCUGACAGCAUGAGACACCUCUGUUGAAACAUCUCCACUGGUUGCCCAUAUGCUACUGGGCCAGGUUCAAGGGUCUUGUGUUGAUAUACAAGACCCUGAGUAAGUUGGGUCCAGGAUGCCCUAAGGACCAUCCGAACCCUUGUAUCCAGCUUGAUCACUGAAAUCAUCCAGAGAAGUGCUGAUAGUUUUCCCCAGGUCACUGGUCCCAUGCUGUGGAACACUCUUCCAGCACACUUCCAUGCAUUUCUUUUGUAAGUUAAGAGGACUAUGCAGUUUUUUAAAAUUUUGUUGAGUGGUGACUCAUUUUAAUUGUUUUGUACAUUCCUCUUGCAUCUUAGGCACAUCCAACUUGUGCGUUUUCUACCCUGCACAGUUGAAGGCCGGCCAGCUGAAAUUGUGCAAAUUAAAUGCAUGCAAAGUUUUCCUGGUGCGAAAAGAACCUCCAAGGUCCUCUCAGCACACAGGCUCUGGAAGCUUGUGGGUAGCUCCAUGAGAUCUCACCGGAACUUGGAUGGACCCAUGAGAUUUCACAAAAGUAUCCUAAAACCAGUAUGCUGAGCAUGCCUUGCUUGGUAAGCAAGGCGGAGGGCUAAAAGUACUUUUUACAUCAGGAAAACCCAGCUUAGUGCUCUGGCACUGGAAGGCUAAGGCUGCCGGGGGGGGGGCGCAUUUCCAGGGUUUGAGUAUACGUGUUUUUGCCUAUACACUGAACCCUUGGAACCAAACCCCCAUGUAAGAUGCUGUCAUACUGUGUUGCUUUUAAAGGCUUCUUUAAAAAAAAUGUUUUGACAUUGCUGUAUGCUAACUGGAUACUUUAUGAGAGGGUGGUAUAUAAAUUAUUUUAUUUAUAAAUAAAUAAAUAAUAUGUGCUGUCUCGGAUCUUUGCAGAUUUCAAGAGAAAAAUCCACUUCAAAGUUAUCAAGAAUCCUGGGGACCUGGUGCAGUUUAUUCGUGACUUGAAGGAGAAUGCCAGGAAGGUAAGAUGUAGUAGAAGGCUUGCUUCUCUCCAGAUUUACUCUGCUAUUGCUGAGCUGCUUUUAGGUAUACAGUGUGGAAUUGUUAUCUGCCUAGUACAUGGAACUUCCUUGUUCAGGGUCCAGGUGUUUGCUAGGGAACAACAAUUGGGAGGUCUUCCUGGGGCCACUGGACAGGGAUUGUCCAGCCUUUGUGAUGUGCAUGUUGUGAUGGCAUCUCGGCUGGAUCAGUUUGCGCCUUGCCUUUGUCCCUCCAGGACAAAGAAAUGGUGAGAGAACCAGAGGAAGCAUCUCAAGAAACUCCACCCAAAAGUGAGCCAUCGUUAGGGACAGAGCACUCUGAAGAAGGGGCCCAGGAGGAUGAGAAGGAUGAGGAAGACCUGCUGGGAAAGUUUGAGAAGGAACUGGAAGACAUCCUGCUGCCUAAGUCUGAAAUGGCCAAGUUGAAGGAGGAGGUAAAAUCUGAGAUGGAAAAGGAGUUUGGUCACAUCAUUGAUGAGGUGAGGAAGCAGGAGACUAGCUAUAAUUUCCUUUCUGCACUACCCACCCGAGAAAACUAUUGAUGGGCCCUGGAUGUUCUCUGUCCCUAAUCACCUUGUAUUUGCACAUAUUUUGCUGCCUUUGUGGGGAAAAGGGCUAUAAACUUUGUAUGUGUUUUUUAGUUUAGAAAAAACUGAGAGGGAGGGACACAAAAUUGGCAAAGAAUGAUGAAUAGUAAGGAGAGGGAAUCUUUCUGCAAAGUGAAGGAACUUUCUUCAGGCAGCACCAGUGGUGGGGAAGGGAGGGGACUAACAGAGGAAGUGGUGUCUGAAUGAUGCAGGAGCGAGACGUGUAGUCAGUAUGGUUGCCCUGGUGGAGUCUUACAACCACAAGGACUAGAAAUAUGAUUGAAAACGGAGUCUUGCAGAUCCAGACUCUACACCUGUGGUUCUCAAAGCGGGUGGUCCGGCCCCCUGGAGGGGCAGGGGGGGUUGCCUAGCAGGCGAAGGGGGGACUGAAGGUGUAAAUGACUGUUAGACUUUGAAAACCUGGUAUCACUAGAUCAAGUUCAUUUGUUUUGUUUAACUAAUUAAAUAGUUCUGAUUGCAUUUUGAAUAAAUGUGCAUUUAAUUGUUGCUGUUUCAAAUUUUAUUGCGUUAUUACCUUCCAUAGUAGGUCAUGCAAACCACUGUUCUGAAUAUUGCUUUUAGUAAGGAGGGGGCACUGGGAAUGAGUGGAUUCAGGGGAGCAGUGACCCAGGAAAGUGUGGGAGCAACUGCUGUACACUUAACUGCAGGAAAUGAGCCAGGCUGCUACUCAACUGGAUCUCUCUCUUUCUCAAUAAAUAAAUAAAUAGACCUUAGCUUAUCCUUUCUUGGAUCGUUUACUGGCAGGUGGAGGAUGAGUUGGAAACAGAAGGCCUGAAAGGUGAGUUUGAUCGAAAGCAAGCCUCCAAGUCUUUGGCGUCUACCCUCAACAAGCUUAUUGACAAGCUGGAUCCUGGCAAAGACUUGAAUAAAGGAGAUAAGGAGCAGGAGCCACAGCCAGGGGAGGAAGAAGAGGUAGCAGCAGAUGGGGAAGAUACUGCUGAAGAAGACGUAGCCAAACCAGCAACCGGUAUGUUCUCAUACAGAUAAGGUUGGCUUCAUUUUUUUCAGUGCCAGUAAAUUUGAGGACUGUUUUUGGAUCAGCCAACAGGGGGUGACAUUUUGUCAUAAAUGGGUUGAUCCACAUGCGGACUUGCUCAGAGAGCAGGGCAAGAUGUCAAGGGUUUAGCAAAUAAUUUGGGAGCAGGUGGCUAGCAAGUUGUGAUGUGAUGAAGAAAACCAUAGCAGAAACACUGUAGUUAUGGAGAAGCCUUUGAAUGCCCAAUGGGUGAGACUUCUUAGAAGGGCUCUUUCAUCACUUAUCCUUGCUCUCAUUCUUAAAAUUCCUGCAGGGGACAGCCUGUGAGGUCUCUGGAGAGUUUCAUUUUUGUAACACAACUGCUCAGACACCAGUCCUGGAACAGGCUUUGCCCACCUGGUGCCCUCCAGCUGUUUUGGACUCCAGUGCCCAUCUGGUUGGGGAUGGUGGGAGUUUUGCUCUAAAGCAGCAGGAGGUGCCGCAGGUUGGCCAAAGCGAUUCUAUAAGCUUGCCAGAGCUGGCCUGUCUAAUGCCCUUCUCCAUUUGUGACUAUCUGCGCAUUUAAAAAAGACACAAGACUUCACCUGCUCUCCCAGGUGCAUUUCCUUAGCACUGGUCAGUAAGUGACUGGGAGGCAGGGGGCAGGUAGGAUGAUGCAUUGUAAACAGAGAACUGAUGGUGGGUUUGUUUGCCAGUUUCCAAACUGAUGGAAAUAGUUAUUUGCUACGGGGGGAGGGGAGUGUCCAGCAACAUAGAAGUUCCCAACUCUUUCCUUUUUUAAAGUCCCUUGCAUUUCAACUCUUUCCUUAUUUAUAAAGUCCCUUGCAUUUCAUUCUAACCCAUGUGCAAGUUUUUGUUUUGUUUUUUAGCUAAGCCCAUUUUGCCCUUUUUGCUUGCUUCUCAUACUGUUGAUUGUUCCUGCUAGCCUUGGGAAAGGCAGGGCACUGAAGUCUUGGCCACCUUGCCUAGCUCUCCCCAUUUUCCUUGUGAUAUUUCUAGCCAGGCAUUACCCAGAUGCUUUCAAGUCACAAGACAGCCUUCCCCAACCGGGUACGCUGCAGAGAUUUAGCUCCCAACCAGCACUACUAGGGAUGGUGGGAGUCCGGAGGGCACCAGGGUUGGGAAAGACUGCCUUAAGGGUUAGAAACUUGCUGUUCAGGGACUUAGGAUGCUCAGUUUUCAGCCCAAUAUAACCACCACACCUUUCUGGGACUUCCUGCCUUCCUUUUCCUCUGCAGUCCAGGGACCUUCUGCAUUUUGCAAAAUUUCCAAAUGCUUUGAAAAUAAACCCUUAGAAAAAAAAAACUGUGCUCAAAGCACCAUAAGUACAAUUGGCAGAAAUUUUCCUUUUGAAUGCAGACUAUCCCCAGCCUUGCUUGUAGGCCCUUCCAGCUUGCGCUCUCAUUCUCUCUCCCCCUCCCUCCACAAAUAUUGGCCUACUGACCCUCCUCUGUCCCCUUUUCUGUCUCAGAUGGCGACCCAGACGGGCGCGUGAAAGUCAGGGUCACUAAAGUAAAGCCAGGCAGCGCUCAGCAGAAGCUGCUGCGAGUCCAAGAGAUGAGCAGGGACAACCCACAGCUGCGCCACAUAGAGAGUGUGGUUAAGGACCUGUUGGAGAAGGAAGGCCUGAAGGCAGAAGGUAACGCAGCCAUGUAACCUGGACAGCCGGAGGUGGCCUUGAGCCUUUUUUAGCCUGGGCGGGGUUGUGUUUAGGGGGAGAUCUUUAAGGGAGAGCAGUCAGGGAUGCAAAGUCACUGGAGGGCUCUCUUAAUUGCAAACCACAGGGAACCAUUGGCCAUUCUGCUCCUGAGCUGAUAAUCUCACAGUGGUACCUUGGUUCUCAAACUGAAUCCAUUCUGGAAGUCCGUUCCAAAACAAGGACGUGCUUUCCCAUAGAAAGUAAUGCAAAAUGGAUUAAUCUGUUCCAGACUUUUAAAAACAACCCCUAAAACAGCAGUUUAACAUGAAUUUUACUAACGAGACCAUUGAUCCAUAAAAUGAAAGCAAUAAUCAAUGUACUGUACUAUAAGAUAAAUAAGACAGUAUUGUAGAUGAUAAAAUUUAAAAUUACAUUUUUCUUACCUGCACUGAUGAUAGUCAUUGUUUGUAUGGGGGGGCUUUUAUCCAUUUCCACAAUCAAUCAAUCAGUAGCUGAAUUGGGUUCCACACAGUCACAAAAACAAACUAACUGAAAAAGCCUCAAAAACAAAAAAUGCAAAAUAAAUAGCAAAAACAAAAGCACCAAAUUUAAGCUCCAAAUAUCACCUCAGAACACUGCUAUCGGAAAUGGAAUAAUUCAAUUACAAUGGGGGGGACACAAAUUAGCAGCGCAACAGUAAAAACGGAAGCUCAGGACUCAAAACGGAGCACGUUCGGCUUCCAAAAAAGUUUGAAAACUGGAACACCUACUUCCAGUUUUGCAGCAUUCAGGUUCCAAGAUGUUCGUGAACUAAGCUGUUCGAAAACCGAGAUACCACUGUACAUUAUCUGCUUAAUUCUUCUCCCAAGAAGGUUUCUGAGGCCAGGAUUUGAACUUCUAGAACUUGAAGAUUUUUAAAAGUACAGUAAGCCUGCUCCACCCCAUUCUGCCCCUGCCCCUUUUCGCCCUUUUCCUGACAUCUUUGAUCAUUCAUCCUUCAGAUAUGCCCAAACCAGGAGUUGCCUGUAAGAUUAUACAUUUUAAUUUUGAGACCCUUCAGCCGUAAAGUAGGGGGAAACAAAGAGCUGGCUUGUAGUGGAUGAAGGUAGAAGUUUGAUGUGAAUCCCAUUUAUGAUGUGCUUUGAUACGGGAGACGGGGAAGAAUUCAAGUGUAAUCACCAAUAUCUGUCAAAACCAGAGUGUUAAAGGAGAAAAGAAAAUGGGAAGUUGGAUUUGUAAGAACUAGGUCAGGGGUAGACAACCUAAGGCCCGUGGGCCGGAUGUGGCCCAAUUGCCUUCUAAAUCCGGCCUGUGGUCGGUCUGGGAAUCAGCGUGUUUUUACACAAGUAGAAUGUGUCCUUUUAUUUAAAAUGCAUCUCUGGGUUAUUUGUGGGGCAUAGGAAGUUGUUCAUUUUUUUUCUCCUCCAAAAUAUAGUCCGGCCCCCCACAUGGUCUGAGGGACGGUGGACCGGCCCAGGGCUGAAAAAGGUUGCUGACCCCUGAACUAGGUUCUACUGCAUAGUAUUGUCAUCAUCCUUUUGUGUGUAUGCCACCUUUCUGUAGUUAAAACCACGCUCAAGACAGUUUGCAACAUGAAAAGAUUCACAUAAAAACAAACAUAACAAAAGUAGUAAUAAAGAAUAAAUAAAAGACAUCAAGCAGACACAACCAAACUGAACAAUUUCCACAUAAUCGUAAUAAGAUCUGAAGAUAAAAAUACAAAAAAAAUAGCAUCAGCAACAGUGAUAGUAGCCACAAACCCCUACCCCAGCCCAAAAUUCUCUUCAGCAGCCACAGCAUUUGUAGCUGGAGUCAGUCAGGGCCCUGCCCUCCCAGACCAGGUGGGAAAAGGCCCACAAGUCAGAGAACACGUCUUCCAGGACUCGCAGUCAAGAUAGUAGGCCAUCAAGUGACUUUAUGUAACAUCUGACUUUUGUUCUUUUUGAAAUCCCAGUGAAUUGUGACUAAAGUGCAUUAAUUACCUGUAUACAAGAUUAGGUACCUUCUUGUUCUUUGGCGAUCACUCGUAGCUGAGUAGGAUUGUCUUCCAUGAAUAUGGCCUUAACAGUGUGUCCAUAAGUAACUGUGGAGGCCAAUUCUGGAUCCACACAUCCCUCCACAGUGGGGACAUAGGUACCACUGUCUUAGAGGCCUCGUGGCUCCUAUUCUUGAGAUUUUAAAUCAUGGCAAGCUAAGCAUUUUGUUAGUCAAAUGUCAACAUGCAGGUUCACCCACACAUGGUAACCAUGGAGAUGAGCAUCCAUCCCUGCUGUACCUGCAUCACCAUUCCUGGACCCUUUCUACAAUUAAAAGACCUAUGGGCAGUUUAGUUCCGGGGUGAUAAUGUGGGAGCAGCAUGCUCUUGUCUUCAACAUUAGAGGUUUCUCUGGAACCCAAUCCCACUCCCCUUGUGUUAAAGGAGAAAGCAACAUGCAACUUAUGUGUACCAACCUGCAAUGUUUGGUUCUGUUCUUUCCGGAAUCACUAUAACUGGUUGUGCGUGCACACGCUCUUGCUAAACCCCCAAGCUAAUAGCUCUUUAAAACUAGAAGAGGGCCAUGAAAACAGCUCCUCUAGCAGUACUGUUUUCCCCCAAACAGAAUUCUGGGGACCAAACUGCCUGUGACCUUUCGCUGUGCCUCUUCCCCACACUGCUCCAAUAACACUCGGCCAUAGCAACUGCAUGAUGGGACACAGUUGGGCUCAUUGUUUACCUUCAUCUAAAGGUAAACAAUGCUUCAUUGGCCAGCAUUUGCAGAAGGCAGGGGAAAUACUGAGCUAAGCUGUGUCGCUGUGCACUUCUGCUUUAACUAAAAUAUUACUGGGAGAUGCAGGGAAGAGGUGUGGACUGGCAGCUGUUGCGUGUAGAUCUUUGUGUGGGUGCUGCACAUGUUGGUUGUAGUUUGAGGGCAGGCUAGUCCUGAUGUGGCUGCAUCUCCUGCUGUUGCUUCUCCAGUUAAGAGAUGCCCUCUGUCUCUUUCUUAGCAGGGCAAGCCUGCUAGACCUCCUUGCCGUGCUCUUGUAUCUUCAUGUGCCAUUUCCCUCAAAUAUGACCCACCAAGGACUGGGGGCAGGGCAACUAACGUGUGGCUAACUUUGUGGCUGGCAGGUAAAAUUGAAAUCAAGAUUGUGACCACGGGUGGCCUGGGCGACGAUGAUGAUACCCAUUGGCUGUCAGAAGAGGACACCAAAAAUCUCAAGGACAUCUUCUUCAAUAUUCUGGUGAGGGCCCAAGAUGAAGGGAGUGUUUUAAUGAGGAGAAAGAGGUUGUUCCCCUCCAUAUCACACCAUGUUUAUAUUUAAUAUGGAAUAAGGAAGAGGAAGAACUGCUUGCAAGUCCUGUCCUCUGGUGUGGAACACUGGCUAUAGUUGUGGUCUUUGGUGGGGACAAGGGUGUGCACCAGGGCUGGCCCAAAACAUUUUGGCACCUGAAGCAAACUGCAAAAUGGUACUCCCCACCCACCCCUGCCAGAGAAGAAGGGGUGAGUGAAGAUCUGCAUCAGAAACAAGGGGGGAAUAAAGAUCUACACUGGAAACAAGGGAACAACGGUGGGAGGGAGACCAGCAGCACCUUCUAUUUGCCAAGAGGCCACUGUAGAGGCGGCAUGGGGGACAGCUGUAGUCGGCAGCAGUGGGCAAUGCAUUCCUUGGAGGCUGGAUCUUCUGUCGCAGUGGAUGCUGCCGUCUGAAGCGGUAGCCUCACCUUACCUCACGAGUGGGCUGGCCCUGCUCUGCACAUAGAAUCAUAGAAUUGUAGAGUUGGACAGGACCACAAGAUUCACCUGGUAAAGCCCAUGCAGGAAGUAGCUGUACCAUGACUAAUAAAUGGUAAUCACUUAAGUAGGGUGGCUUUUUCAGUACCCUUAAAGAUGGCAGCAGAGUGGGAAACUCAAAACAAACCCACAGAGCAGAAUCUCCCAGGAACAUUUCUUAGGCAUGUUUCACAGGAAUGAAUGGGAGCAGUGCACUUCCCAUUCAUGUCAACAAAGCUUGGGCAGAAGAGCCUCUUGGUGGAAUGAGGGAUGUGUUUCCUCCUGGCAGGCUCUACGGUGCACUCCCUGUAUUCCUUUCCUGUUGGGGGAGAGGGCUUGCCAUUUAGAUUUUAUACCUAGAGUGCCAAAAUAUCUUGGGUUGGCAGUGGGACCUAGAAUUUGUCACCCACCAUUCAUAUGAUUGAUUGUAUGUGUAUAUAUGUUACACACACACACACACAGUGCUGUGCCCCUGCUUGCUAUUCACCUUCCCAACCCUAUUUCUGAAGCCUUUUCUCUCUUCUUUCCCUCAGCCCCACUUUACACCUCUGUUUUCACCUUCACCCCCAUGUCUGUACCUCCCCCCAUUUUGUGCAGCCCCCUUGGAAAGAAACCACCCCCGUGGUAAUGUUCUGCAUCUUCUUUUUUCUACAUAUUGGACCGACUUUUCACCUUCUCAGUUAACAAGCCAUAAUCUCCUCCUGUUCUUCAGACCCGUUUACACCCCUGCUUUCAUCUUGAACCCCUUUCUCAUGGCUCCUAAACCCCCCUUUUUGUAACCCCCUUUAUAAGCCACUUUUCACCUUUACACCCUUUUUCCUCUAUGCACCUUUUCUCAUCUCUUCCUUGCACACAGAUCACCCCAUUUCCUUGCCUUCGCCUCUCUCCUAAUGUGCAGCUACUUUGUGCACAUACAUUUUGUGCUGAUAUGUUACCGUAUCUUGAAAAUAAAUAGAGGCUUAAGAGCAAGCCUGUCAGCUUGUUCAGUUAGAGAGGUUUCAGUUGAUGGUUGUUGCACAUAUAUGGGUGAUUGCUUGUUAAUAAAAUAAUUGUUAAGUUCCCAAAUUGAAUUUGGAACUUCUUAUUGAAGACAACACAUAGUGGCGGGAGAGAAACAUAUAAUGUAAAGGUCGUAUGGAAUAUCAUAGUUUAUCUCUCACACAUGAGACAAGUGAAGAAUGGAAGAGGGAGAAGUUUUUAACAGUCUUUUUUUCCCUUUCAGUUUUUCUCCCAUCUCACUGUACUCAAACAAUAGCAGAGGUUUGAGUAAAGCAAGGAUGGAAAGAGACUGAGGUGUGGUCUUUUUUAAAGGCAAAUCAGUUUUAACAAGAAGAAAUAGUUUUUGUGUUGUACCCUUCUCUGCCCACAUCAAAAAGCUAACACAACAGAGCCUUUCCCAGCUCCAUUUUUGCUGUACCAAACCUUGUUUUGAAAUCCCAUUUCUCUCCCCCUCCCCAUGUUCAUUGUACUCAACCCUCUGUCAUUCUAUAAAAUCACCACUUUUUCCCUUUCAGUUUGUCUCCAUUCCUGCUGUCCUAAAACUUCUGGUGUUGUUUGAAACCUCCAUUUCCUUUCCAGCUUUAGUCAUGCUUCUGCUCCUUUAAACCACCACUUUUCUGCACCCUGACUCCAUGCAAAUCCAAGAUUGUGAUACAGCACUACAAAUCCUCCAAUGUUGGUUUCAUUUUGAUGUAUAUAGGAAGAUGUAUACAUACACAUACACGAAUGUGUUGGUGUGCUUCUCCCUGCCCUCAUUGCCUUUUGCUUCCCCUCCCAGAUCCAGGGUACGGAAGAAGCUCAUAAAGAGCAGCGGAGGCAGCGACAGUUGGAAGACAACUAUCGUUUUGUGUGGGGGCGCAGGCAGGAUGAAUUACCAGCUGCUGGCAGCGCUGAUUCAGAUGAACUGGAUUUCUGA